CUUUUGCGAAAAUUGCAACAGAUGGCGCUAGUGAGCAGGAGUUUUUCACUUUUAAAAUGUAUGGAGAAAAUAAUAAAAAUUAGUUUCUUGACUCAUUAAACAUUUUAUCGGAAAAAAUAUUUGGUACAGGUUGUAGGCCAUAAUGAUAGCUAUCUACGGUACCAAAUAUUUUUUAUCAAAAUUUCGAGAUAUUUAAAAUAUAUGGAAAAAUGUUCAAAUUCCCAUACAUUUUUUCGACCGAUAACUUCUGCCUCGAUAUUGGUUGAUCUUCGUUUGCCUAUACAUGGCAUCACGAAUAUACAUGGAUUCGUAUUUACCCACCUGUCAAUUCGUAAACAAAAAAAAAAUAUGAAAAAAAGUUUGAAGCUGUUUGGAGCUUGGAGCGGCAACACGGAAGCAGAAAUCUUGGUAAAACUUCAAUUUAAUUACAGAUAUAAAUAAUAUUAAGGUUUAUUAUACUGACAAUUUCAGGUGUAAUAAAUAGUUUCCCCCGUUUCCCCACCGCCGCAGCGGUCAGCAAGCAGCCGUCGGCCGGGUGAAUAACUACAUUCGGAGCCAAUACAGAAGUGUAAACACAGUGCACUUUGUCCGGAAAGUGGAAGCGCUCGGUUGCUUCCCCAGCUCAGACCCCCGUGAAAAUGGGACUCGAUUCCGAAGUGCAGGACUACAUCAAAACGCUGAAUAAAAACAGUCCCGUUUCGGUGCCCCAAGUGUGACAGAAAGUAUAAAUCCGUGAUUGGGUUGCAGUACCAUUUAAACAACUAUGGCCACGAUAAUCCGUCCCCGUCCAGCACGGCGCCGGUUCCAGUGGCCACUAAGCAACCAGAACCAAUAGCGGGACCGUCGACAGAAGUGGAAAAAACACCCGCCGCUCCAGAAAAACCUGAAACUGUGAGUACAUCGACAGGUGCAGAUGAAGCUGUCAAAGGGGAAGAUGUCGAAAUGAAAGUGCCGACGGCAAAAAGUAGCGAGAAAGCUGCAUCGAGUGCGAAAUCUCCCGGAAAAGGUGCCGUGGCCAAGGAAACGCCCAUCCGACCCCCGAAGAAGAAAGUGGGGGUGACACUGAAAAAUAAGACCUCCGCUGCACCGGCCAGGGAGUCUCUGACCUACAUCGAGCCGGAAGGGCUGUUCAAGAUCGAGUUCGGCGGAAAGAACAUCAACCUGUCGGUGGACGAAGCAUUUGAGCUGAUCAGUUUGGACGAGCAGAAGAAAAAGUGGGAAAAUCCGGAUGUGGAGCUUUUUGCCGUGCCACCACCGACGGAACUGGAAGUGAAGCUUCCGGAGGGCUUCAUCAUGGCUAUUCAAUGUUUAUCUCUUCGGUUAUCAAUUCGAUGAACAUAAUCACGGACGUCCCAAUCCUGACCAACUAUACUAUUGAACCAAAUUGGAAGAAUCCUUAUUUCACCAUUAUAUUUGUUUAUAAGUAAUAAACAGAAGCUUAGGGGGGUGGGCUUUAAGAAAAAAAUCCGAAAA